ACGCGACGACGCAGCGCGACGCGGUGACGCACGCCCCUUUGUUGGCUCAGUAGCGAUAGCAGCGGCCGUGGAGGUGGCGCUGGGGACUGUUUUCUCUCGGAGGCCGGAGCGGAGCCGCGCCUGACUGAGGCGGGCAGCAAGCGGCCCCCUCGCUCCCUCCCUCCCUCCUCCGCGCCCUCCCCGCCGCCACCAGCCGUCAAACGCCAACCGCCGCUCUUGGGGAGGAGCCGCGGCCCGCGGGGCCGGAGCCAGGCCUGCGUCCGGACAUCAGCCGGAGCCGGAGCGAGAGCCGGGGCCUCGGCGUCCCCGCCCUCUCCCCGCCUCGGCCAGCGUCCGCCGGGCCCCCGCGCGUCGCGCCAUGGACUCGGACGAGGGCUACAACUACGAGUUCGACGAGGACGAGGAGUGCAGUGAGGAGGACAGCGGCGCCGAGGAGGAGGAGGACGAAGACGACGACGAGCCGGACGAUGAUACCCUGGAUCUGGGCGAGGUGGAGCUGGUGGAGCCCGGGCUGGGCGUCGGCGGGGAGCGGGACGGACUGCUGUGCGGGGAGACGGGCGGUGGCGGCGGCAGCGCUCUGGGGCCCGGCGGUGGCGGCGGCGGCGGCGGCGGCGGUGGUGGUGGCGGGCCGGGGCAUGAGCAGGAGGAGGAUUACCGCUACGAGGUGCUCACGGCCGAGCAGAUUCUACAACACAUGGUGGAAUGUAUCCGGGAGGUCAACGAGGUCAUCCAGAAUCCAGCAACUAUCACAAGAAUACUCCUUAGCCACUUCAAUUGGGAUAAAGAGAAGCUAAUGGAAAGGUACUUUGAUGGAAACCUGGAGAAGCUCUUUGCUGAGUGUCAUGUAAUUAAUCCAAGUAAAAAGUCUCGAACACGCCAGAUGAAUACAAGGUCAUCAGCACAGGAUAUGCCUUGUCAGAUCUGCUACUUGAACUACCCUAACUCGUAUUUCACUGGCCUUGAAUGUGGACAUAAGUUUUGUAUGCAGUGCUGGAGUGAAUAUUUAACUACCAAAAUAAUGGAAGAAGGCAUGGGUCAGACUAUUUCGUGUCCUGCUCAUGGUUGUGAUAUCUUAGUGGAUGACAACACAGUUAUGCGCCUGAUCACAGAUUCAAAAGUUAAAUUAAAGUAUCAGCAUUUAAUAACAAAUAGCUUUGUAGAGUGCAAUCGACUGUUAAAGUGGUGUCCUGCCCCAGAUUGCCACCAUGUUGUUAAAGUCCAAUAUCCUGAUGCUAAACCUGUUCGCUGCAAAUGUGGGCGCCAAUUUUGCUUUAACUGUGGAGAAAAUUGGCAUGAUCCUGUUAAAUGUAAGUGGUUAAAGAAAUGGAUUAAAAAGUGUGAUGAUGACAGUGAAACCUCCAAUUGGAUUGCAGCCAACACAAAGGAAUGUCCCAAAUGCCAUGUCACAAUUGAGAAGGAUGGUGGUUGUAAUCACAUGGUCUGUCGUAACCAGAAUUGUAAAGCAGAGUUUUGCUGGGUGUGUCUUGGCCCAUGGGAACCACAUGGAUCUGCCUGGUACAACUGUAACCGCUAUAAUGAGGAUGAUGCAAAGGCAGCAAGAGAUGCACAGGAGCGAUCUAGGGCAGCCCUGCAGAGGUACCUGUUCUACUGUAAUCGCUAUAUGAACCACAUGCAGAGCCUGCGCUUUGAGCACAAACUAUAUGCUCAGGUGAAACAGAAAAUGGAGGAGAUGCAGCAGCACAACAUGUCCUGGAUUGAGGUGCAGUUCCUGAAGAAAGCAGUUGAUGUCCUCUGCCAGUGUCGUGCCACACUCAUGUACACUUAUGUCUUCGCUUUCUACCUCAAAAAGAAUAACCAGUCCAUUAUCUUUGAGAAUAACCAAGCAGAUCUAGAGAAUGCCACAGAGGUGCUCUCGGGCUACCUUGAACGAGAUAUUUCCCAAGAUUCUCUGCAGGAUAUAAAGCAGAAAGUACAAGACAAGUACAGAUACUGUGAGAGUCGACGAAGGGUUUUGUUACAGCAUGUGCAUGAAGGCUAUGAAAAAGAUCUGUGGGAGUACAUUGAGGACUGAGAAUGGCCCUGCAUAAAAUGAACUCUGAAAACUUUACCAUCUAGAGUGCUCAUGCAAUUAAAACAAAACAAACACAAACAAGGAGGCACUAAGCCUAUUCUGACACCACUGGUCUGUAGUACCAGAAUUGUUUUGUUAACGGAAAGUUUAAGUAAAUUAUAUUGUAAUAAAAAGGUAGAUAAACCAUUGUACAACAGUAUUCUAGGCCGCCAACAAAAGUGUGACAGACACACUAAAAGCCCUCCAACUUUAACUUGUAACGUAGCUUCAUUCUCAAAGCUGACUCCUUUUUUUUCUUUUUCCUUUUCCUGAGUGUAGUACAGUUAAAAUUUCAAACAGCUCCUUGACACUGCUUUUCAUGUUCAAACCAGCCAUUUUGUUGUACUUUGGUAAAGGACCUCUUCCCCUUCCUCCCCUACACAUACAGAUACACCCACACACAGACUGACUCUCUUUCUCUCAUACCCCAAGGUCAUGAGUGAAUGAUGCUUAGUUCCUUGUAAAGAAAAUCUUGGGAUGGGGAAAGGGGUAGGCAGCAAGAGGAUUCAACAAACGAAAAACAUAAAAACUUUGUAUAUGACUUUUAAAACAAGAGGACAACACAGUAUUUUUCAAAAUUGUAUAUAGCGCAUAUGCAUGGACAAAGCAAGCGUGGCACGUGUUUGCAUAAUGUUUAAUUACAAAAAAAUAUUUAUUCUUUAAAAAUCUUCAAGAUUAUGUCUAUUUGCUGUGCAUUUUCUUUCAGUUUGCUUAUCUUUCCCGGGUUGGGGUUGGGAUAAAGGUGUGUUGGUUUAGCACCUCUGGAAGACCUAUCUAGAGCUCUUUCACUUUCCUGAGGUUAUUUUGCCCUUUCUGGUGUUGGUAUGUCUGUUGCCGGCCAUGGGCCUCAUGCCUUGAAUUCCUGCUCUUGAUCAGGGACAAGGGAGGUCAAGCUCUGACUAAUGCCAUGACCUGAUUAAGGGGUACAGCAGGGAGUUUUGUUGCUACAGCUCAUGAAUUAACCUGUCCCAACCUAAUCCCCCUCCAUGGCAUCAUGCCUCUACCCAAGCCUUUGUGUGCCCAUGUUAUGCACACAGCUGUAGGCAUUCUUAAGUUCCCUGUCGCAUCCAGUGGAAGCAUUUUAAAAUUUCUUUUACUUUUUGGUUUUCCCUUAAUUGCUGCUUUUCAGAUUUUAGUUAUGGCUCGUCUGCUCACCCCUUCUCUACAUUAGGGUGUCAAAGAGAAUGUUUUGCUCUAAAUAUAAAUAGCCAUUCAUUUAGUCUCAGAUUGUGAAUUUAAAAUGGCGGAUACCGAAAUUGCUUGUGUGUGUUGCUGUGGGUUUGGUUUGAAGGCAAACACCCCUAGAACAUGAUAUUCCCAUCUAGUGCAUUUAAAUAGAAAUCACUGAGUUUGCUGCUUUUUUAUUGUCAGCAGAUAGGAGAAUUAAUAAUACAUUUUAGCUGUGAUGUCCAUUUUUAUGAAAUUCCUACUAAGAGCUAUGUUAAAAGUAAAGGAUGGUGGUGGUUGUAUUAACUAUAUACCUGUUUAGGCCAUUCUGGCUGUGGUAUUUUUCAAUAGGUCAGCAUCUGUAAAUCUGUCAGUUUUAUACAGGAGUGCAGAGUGAACUAGGCAACUAGAUUAAGAGGUCUAAAUAUGAAAUACCAGUUGAGGCUGAGGACCUCUUCGUCUUCCUUUAAAUGUCUUGUGCCUAGGGAGUGUUUACCAUUUGUGAGGCAGCUUUGUCUGCUCUUACACUGUACAUCCUAUUACUCCAUUGGGAAGUAGGUUCACUUUCCUCUGGCCUUUUGCCUAAGUUAGGCUUUGCUGAAUCAACCCUACUUUUCCUUUUAGAAAAGGUUGUUACAGGAGAUAUACUGGCAACUGUUCUUUUCCCAUCAAAAAUCAGUGAAUGUUUGCUGAGUAUAAAUGCUGCUUCCUUAAACCACUUGUCGCUUUAGGAUCAACUUUACCUGUACCUUUUCUCCUUUCCUCCCUUGCCACCUCAGGUGCAAAUCUGAACUCAGUGUCUGCUUCUUCCAUUUUCUCGUCUCCCUCCCCUCUUCCCCCAUUAUCCAUAUGACAUUAUUUUACUUCAAAUGACAGCAUCAAUCUUAAAAAGAUAUACAUUAAAACUAAGGAGUUUUUUUAAAGAAAGCCUGAAUAAGUUCCUUUCCCUGGUAACUUUGAAAAGCAGUCAGAGUUGCUAUAUAGAUAUAUGUGGCUCCUUUAAAAUGCUUUGUGUAUGUGUGGUGUUUAAAAAAAAAAAUCUUACCAGUUAACUUUGCAGUGUCUAGGUUUGAGUGUCAUAAAUCCACGUGUUCCUGUUGCAACAAAUACCCAAAAAUUGUGUGUGCACUUCCUAAUACCAGUCUUCACCCAUGGAGGAACAGUGCUUUUUAGAGAUGCUUUCUAUUUCAGUGUUGGCAUACUGCCUGAGGGUAUUGCAGUUGUGGGUGCAUUCCCUAAUUUGUAUGAUCAAGAUGAACUGGCCCUUUUCUACUUCCAAGCUUUUAACAGAUACCACCAUAUUUGACAGAAUUCCCAGAGUGAAUUGCUUGUGUUAUUAGUAGAUUCAGUGCCCCCAGCUGGGAUAGGCAAGCCAUGACAGCUUCCCUGUUUCACCUACAUAAGUCUUAUCUGAGGGAUCUAUUCACAGUAAGCACCAAGGUCUCCAUGUCUUGAGGUCAGUUUCAUUGUCUUUUGAAAAGUGCAUGCUUCAUUUGAACAAUUCAUUCAGCAGCAGAUGGACUUUCAGUGAUUUAAAAUAAAAUUUUGAUCCAAAGCUCAGGACACAAACCACAGUGGUAAAAUUGAGUAGCAUAUAAUAUCAGACUAAAUUAUCUGUAAUUUUCCACAACCCAGAUUGUAUGUGUUUUAUGUGUGUUUAAAUAAAUAUGUUAGAUACACGUGUAUACAUACACACAUAUACAACAGAUCCAAGACUGGCUGACUUCAUUUGAAAUGGUUGAAUCUGCUGUGUAAUAAAGUGGUUCAACCAUGAUUAGGAACUGAAAUUUAGUACAAGAGGGAAAAGGAGUUAAUGUAACAAAUUAUUUUAGCUACAAACCCCGGUAAUAGAGCACUUGGGGGAUGGGAUGGGGUGGGUUGGUGAGACAAUCAGAAUGGUAAAUUGAUUAAAUGCUCCUAACCCUGUAAUUUUGUGCAUAGAGCACCCUGUGCUGUGGAAAUAACUGUUCUUAGAUUUCAUUGUAACUGGACUGUUCAGGUUGCCCAGAGGGAAAGAACAUUCCUAAUUCUAAUAAAAUAAACUUUUAUUUUGUUAUUCCAUUAGUUACUUAUGUUUAUUUUUAUAGUUAAAAAAUGACUAAAGGUGGCUAAUAGCCACCCGUAUUAUGUGCCUUAUUCACUGUUCCCACUUAAUAUAAAAUGUCAAAAAUUCGUUGUUUCUUUGCAGGGAACUGUGAAUGAGCCCAUUCCCCCAACAUUUAACUUGGUUAUUGAAGCUUUCAGAGCAUUUUCUGAAAGCUUUCCAAUUUCUGCAUCUCAAAUAUUGAAUUUAAAUUGUUUGUGUUGUAACAGUGAUACAAAAAUGUUCAAUAGCUCUUUGAAUGCCACUUUUUUAAAAGAAAAUACUUUAAAAGUCAUUCUUAGCUAACCUCAAAACUCCUUUACAUUACUUUCAUUUUAGCUCACUCUUAAAGCUGAUACUGUUAUAUAGGGAUGAAGGGAGAGUUUUCUUAAAGAAGGUCCCAAAGUUGAAGAUCGUUUGUCAUUGAUACUCUGGCCAAGUCCAGGUUUUAGGACAAUUUAAUUUACUCUUAUUUGGAUCUGUAAUUAUGGGAGUUUAUCACUUUUCCUCUUCAAAGCACUUCAACUUACUGUCUAAAACAAGUGGAGAAGAAAUUGCCAUUUUUUAUAAAGGAGGAAGAUAAGGCUCACUGAGGUUAAAUAACUCACUCAAUUUUUCAUUUCCUUCUACCUGAAACUUAACAUCAUACUACCUCUUUGUAUCAUAUUUUGUUAUUCUGGUCACAGAAUGACCUAGUAUUCUGUACCAGGGAAGGUAGUUCUUAACUAUAUCGUUGUACUUUUAAACCACAUUAAAGACUAUUAUAAAUGCC